AUGGGAACUUGGGUUGUUAUGACAACAACUGUAACUAUUGUCUGCACAUUAAGAGUUGAAUUAAUUUGUGUUGUAAUUGCCAUAGACGUUGUUAUUGUCAACACUUCAUUAGUUACUGGGGUUGCAGCUGUCGCGGGAGUUGGCGUUGUUACCGUGGUUGUUGGCACAAACAACAAUUGGGUAUUUUAUGUGCAAAAUAAUCCCAAUGACUUUGUUGAAAUACAACCGGUCACGGUUACGGCAUAG